AUGGCUGGCCCUCAAAGUAUAAACCUUCAAACAAUGGCUAGCCCUUCAAAUUUGGCAGAGGAGGAAGAUGUGGAUGCUGAUGAGGAUGAGGCGGUGGGUCAAGAAACUAUUACCCCUCUUGUGCCAACAAUAGAUGAGAAUGGGAAAGUUAUUAUAAAACCAUCUGGUACUGGGCUAGUUCCUGCCAAAGAAGUUGCUGGUGCCAUUAAUUAUGCGAUACGCAAACAAUUUUAUAAACCUAUACAUCAUUGGUCUGCACUCGAUCCUGAUACGAAAGCUGAUUGGUUUAAGUUGUUUGGAGAGAAGGUUUCGUGGGAUCCUUUCGAUCAUGCAUUUGUCUAUAGCGCAUUUGAAAAAAAAGGAAGAAAACGAUUAAACGACAUGUUGGGGAAGGCGAGGAGAAAAGGGACUCGACCUUCAUGGAUUGGUGAUGAUGCUUGGGUUGAACUUCAAACUUAUUGGAAAAAGACCGAGUUUUUGGCUAUGUCUUCUCAAAACAAGACCAAUCGAGCUUCCGCAAGAGGCAGAGCAUUCCACACCACAGGCCGUAAGGCUCAUAUUGAUGUUGCACUUCAACUUUCACGUGAACUUCAAAGGGAUCUGCGUCCCGAUGAGUUAUUUUUAAAAACACACAAGAGGAAAAAUGGUGAAUGGGUUGACAGUCGUGCUGCAUCUACUUAUAAGACUUUUAAAGAGAAGUUUGAUGCAGAACUUCAGCUAACUGAAGAAGGGAAUGAAGAGGUUGUUCAAGUGUUAGAUGGAGAGCGUGUAAAUCAGCUAUGGACAGAGGCUGCUGGGGGCCGUAACCGUGGUCGGGUUUAUGGCGCUGCAGAUUUAGCUAUUAAUCUAAAACGUGGAUCAAAAAGUUUUACCCAACAAUCUCAAACUCCUCAACACUCUAUGUUUGGGAUGUCAUUAGAAGCUGAAAGAGCAGCUAGAAUUAGAGCUGAACAAAUUGCCGAGGCUGCAACGACCCAAUUACAAGAGGCUAACGAAGCAAUGCGAGCUGCUACCGAGGCUGCAAAAGCUGCUACCGAGACUGCACAAAGGAUGGAGAGGGAGAUGAAUGCUUGGAAGGAAUUUAUGAUGAAGAAAUUUGACACUUCAACUUUUGUAUCACAUUCUCAUCAUUAUGAUGACGAUUUGGAUGAUCAAUCAUUAGAUGAAGAUUGA